UCUGGGGUUAAGCCAUCCUCUAAUGCGCGCUGGCCGCUGCACAGCCACAGCAGCGACGCUCCCCCCGCAGCCUCCUGCCUCCUCCAUCUCCCAUCCCUGACCCCCCCCGGAGCUGCUGGCACUGGGGGGGGGGGGUCUGUGCCUGUCCCCGUGCCUUGGGGACCCUCCUGUGCAUGGCUCCGUGUGCUGAGGGUCACCAGGGACCCCCCGUUGUCCCCUGGCACCGGUAGCAGCAGGAGGUUGGGGGCCGGGGGUGACCCCCUUAAGCCCUGCUGGGGACAUGAGCAGCCCCCCCGCCUUCUCCAGUGUCCGCAUUUCGGGGUGCUGGGCCCUCGGCACGGACGGUGGCAACAGCAGCGCCGAGUCCCUGGACCGGCUGUACCCACCCGUGGGCUCCACGAAGCCCCCCCGGAAGAGGACCACGAGCCAGUGCAAGUCGGAGCCCCCGCUGCUGCGGACCAGCAAGAGGACCAUCUACACAGCGGGGCGGCCGCCCUGGUACAACGAGCACGGCACGCAGUCCAAAGAGGCCUUCGUCAUAGGCCUGGGAGGAGGCAGCGCCUCGGGGAAGACCACGGUGGCCACCAUGAUCAUUGAGGCUCUCGAUGUCCCUUGGGUGGUUCUGCUGUCCAUGGACUCCUUCUACAAGGUCUUGACCAAGCAGCAGCAGGAGCAGGCAGCCAGCAAUGACUUCAACUUCGACCACCCCGACGCCUUCGACUUCGACCUCAUCAUCGCCACCCUGAAGAAGCUGAAGCAAGGCAAGAGCGUGAAGAUCCCCAUCUACGACUUCACCACCCACAGCCGGAAGAAGGAAUGGAAAACCCUGUACGGUGCCAACGUGAUUAUCUUUGAGGGCAUCAUGGCGUUUGCAGACAAGGAGCUCCUGAAGCUCCUGGACCUGAAGAUCUUCGUGGACACGGACUCCGACAUCCGCCUGGUGCGGCGCCUGCGCAGGGACAUCAGCGAGCGCGGCCGCGACAUCGAGGGCGUCAUCAAGCAGUACAACAAGUUUGUGAAGCCCGCCUUCGACCAGUACAUCCAGCCCACCAUGCGCCUGGCCGACAUCGUCGUCCCGCGAGGCAGUGGAAACACGGUGGCGAUCGACCUGAUUGUGCAGCACGUCCACAGCCAGCUGGAGGAGAGGAAGCUGCGCUGGGAUAUGGCCGCCCUGGCCUCUGCCCAUCAGUGCCACCCCCUUCCUCAGACCCUCAGCGUGCUGAAGAGCACCCCUCAGGUGAGGGGCAUGCACACCAUCAUCAGAAACAAGGAGACCAGCAGGGACGAGUUCAUCUUCUACUCCAAGCGCCUGAUGCGGCUGCUGAUUGAGCACGCGCUCUCCUUGCUCCCGUUCCAGAGCUGCACAGUCCAGACCCCUCAAGGACAGGACUACGAAGGGAGGACGUACAGUGGGAAGCAAAUCACCGGGGUGUCCAUCCUGCGCGCGGGGGAGACCAUGGAGCCGGCGCUGCGCGCGGUGUGCAAGGACGUGCGCAUCGGGACCAUCCUCAUCCAGACCAACUGCAACACGGGCGAGCCGGAGCUCCAUUACCUGAGGCUGCCCAAGGACAUCAGUGAGGACCACGUCAUCCUGAUGGACUGCACGGUGUCCACCGGCGCAGCGGCUAUGAUGGCAGUGCGGGUGCUGCUGGAUCACGAUGUCCCAGAAGACAAGAUCUUCCUCCUCUCCCUGCUGAUGGCAGAGAUGGGUGUCCACUCAGUCGCCUAUGCUUUCCCCCGGGUGAAGAUCAUCACCACUGCUGUGGACAAGAAGGUGAAUGACCUAUUCCGGAUAAUCCCUGGCAUCGGCAACUUCGGUGACCGGUACUUCGGCACGGAUGCUCCUCCGGACUGGAGCGACGAUGAAGAUGCUCUCAGCACUUAGCUGGCCGGGCAGCU